AUGAUAGAUUUGGUCCGCAAUCUGUCGGCUUUCCUGAAGCUCGAAAAUGCUUGCACAGACAAUAAUGUGUUUCGCUUGCAUUACAAGUUAACGUCGUUAAUGUUAAUAGCAUUUUCACUGCUUGUGACAUCGAAACAAUAUUUCGGUGAACCAGUUGACUGCUCUGCAGGAGUGGACAUUGUGAAACCAGGUGUUGCAACACAGCAAGAGGGUAAGGACAAGCUGACAUCUCAGCAUUAUUACCAGUGGGUGUGCUUUGUUCUGUUUCUUGAAGCUCUGUUCUUUGCCACACCUGGUUACCUCUGGAAAGCAUGGGAAGGAGGUUGUAUUCACAUGCUUGCUGUUGAUUUAGGAUCUCCAGUACUGGGAAAUGAAUGGAAUCCAGAACGAAAGAACACUAUUGUGGAGUACCUUGCUGACACAAAACUGCGCCCUUUUACAGUCUAUGUCUUAAGAUUUACUUUCUGUGAGAUUCUAAACUUCAUCAAUGUGGUAUUGCAGAUCAUCUUGCUGGAUAGGUUUCUUGGAGGAGAAUUUGCAUUUCUUGGGCCAAAUUUUAUCAAAUAUGCAUCAUCAACAGAUUUUGGUCUAAAAAAUCAAACAAUGCCAUCUCCUCUGGAUCACAUGUUUCCCAAAGUAGCCAAAUGCAGGAUGUACUAUUUUGGUACAUCUGGGGGAAUGUCCAAGAUGGAUUCCCUGUGUAUUCUACCUCUGAACAAUAUCAACGAUAAGGUAUUCCUAUUCUUAUGGUUCUGGUUUGUGGCUUUGGCUGUGGUGUCUGCAGUGGCACUAGUUUACCGUGCAAUCAUCUUGCUGAGUGUUAAUACCCGAGUUUAUUUACUGUGGGCAAAAGCUCGCCUGCUUCCAAGGAAUGUUGCUGAACACCUGGGACAUUCUCUACCUGUUGGAAACUGGUUUUUGCUCACUCAGCUUAGCAAGAAUGUCAACCCUUUUGUUUUUGUAGAACUGCUGAUAGAACUGGAUAGAUAUUUGACCAAGAAGACAUCUAUCUCAGCGAAAAAAAGUAACACUGGUCUUUGCUUGCAUUUGCCACACUCGCUCAUGGUUGAAGUUCUCAUAGCUCAGGUUACAUUGGAGCAUAUAACACUGUAUGUAGCAUGCCCCCUGCUGGACUCUCAGUGA